AUGACUAGCGGUGUUGAUGCGAAACUGCUCAAGAGCACAAAGUUUCCACCCGAGUACUCCAAGAAGGUCGACAGGGAGAAGGUCAACCUGGAGGUUAUGAAGCAAUGGAUCUCCGGACAGGUCAUUGGGAUAUUGGGCAACGAGGACGAUGUUGUUAUCGACUUCAUCUUUGGCAUGCUGGAGGAGGAGCGAUUUCCUGAUCCGAAAAAAAUACAAAUCAAUCUCACAGGGUUUCUAGAGAAGGAUACAGCUGCAUUUUGCAAGCAGAUGUGGAACUUACUCCUGAGCGCCCAAGCAAACCCACAGGGAGUUCCGACGGAACUGCUAGAGCAGAAAAAAGAGGAAUUGCGUCAGCAACGGGCGGAAGCUGCCAAGAUCACUGAAGCACAACAACGCAAGCGGGAAGAAGAGGAACAGAAGGACCGGAGCUUGAACGAGAUACGGGAUCGCGAGCGCGGCGAGCGCCGCCGCGGCGGACCGCCGCCCGAGAGGGGCGGUAGAGACAUCUACCAGCCACGGCUGCGUCACUCGGCAUCGCCGGUGAACCGGCGCCGCCGUUCCCCUGAGAUCCUUGCAUCUCGGCCGCCACCACGACGCGAAGUAUCACCGCCGCCCAGGGGAGGAGCGCGCAGAGAGAGGUUUAGGGAGCGCAGAGAGACAGACACGCAGGAACACCAGGUUUGGACGUUCCCGGUCAAGGUCACGCUCGCCACCGCCACGUAG